AUGCAGCCCACCACCGUGCUCCGUGCCGCUUACCGCAAGCUGCCGCUGACGACGAAGGAUAUAAAGAAGGGAUUCUACAAGGGCACGCGCACUGGAUCUAUGGGUAGCCACACCAAGUUUGGAGGAUACAUUAUAGAUUGGAACAAAGUGCGGACGUAUGUUGUGCCGGAGGGAUUGAACGAGUUCAAAUUGACGCCGUUCGUAACACAAAGAAUGCCACGAACAAGGGGCACCUACGAUGGCCCAGCAGGAGGUCCCAAGAGUCCCGAGUUGUAUCUGGAGCGGUGGAAGUCUGAGAACGGAUUGGAUUGA